AUGGCACUACAGACUGGAGCGAGACAUUACACGCAAGGCUACUCUAGCAAUACGGUCGCAACCCAACAGGCACGCACAGCGGAGUCAGAAGCUGCCUUUCUUCUACCACACCUUAGAACCACGGAUUACAUCCUCGACGUUGGCUGUGGGCCUGGCACCAUAACAAUAGGAUUUACCAGGUAUGCUACCAAAGGCAGGACAAUUGGCAUCGACAUAUCACCAGAUGUUCUGCGGAAAGCGAAGAGUGUGGCAGCUGAGGCCGGCUGUUCUAUGAAGUGGGAACAGCCAGGCUCCGUUAUCUUCGAGGAAGGCGACAUUCUGAAGGGGCUGCCGUACCCGGAUGAGACAUUUGAUGUCGUCUACUGUGCUCAAGUUUUCGGAUAUUUGCCGCCGCCAGACCUGCCUUUCAGGGCUCUGUCCGAAAUGCGACGAGUCCUAAAGCCCGGUGGUAUCAUCGCCACGCGUGAUGGAGUAGAUCAGCAUUUCUACCCGCGGAGCCUUAAUUUAGAUCGCCUAUGGGUACAGAAUUUCAAUCGCGCUGUGCAUUGGUCUGACGGGAGCUGGAGUCCCGACGCUGAUUCUACAGCGGCCAUCAUGCCAGCCCUGUUCCGCAGAGCAGGGUUCAAUGCUGAUGCUGGUCGCGUUCGCAUCGGCGCCGGGACUACCUUAUACUCAGGCCGAGAGACUAGAGAGUGGCUAGCAAAGCGUGCUGAGAGUCAGUUGCAGCAGGAAGAUCCCCUACGACAGAAUUGGUUGCGUGCAGGCAUCACAGAGGAGGAAAUUCAGCAUACACUCCUUGCUGUGCGGAAAUGGGCAGAGACCGAGGAUGCAUGGUACGCGGCGCUACAGUGUGAGAUCCUCGCUUGGAAGUAA